AUUUGUGUUCUGGUUAAACGUAGUACUACUACUACCUUCCAAGAUCGAAAAAAUUGAGGGGAAAACAAGCCAACAAGACCCUGCAAGUCAAAAGUGAGAAUCCUCCGCUUCUCCUUUUCUGUAGAGGGAUAAAGAAAUAUAUAGACAAGUGUCCUACUUGGAGCCAGAAGUAUGGAUCAGCAGGAGAUGAGGGAGAGGAGUAAUGGGAUCGAAAAAGAAGAAUACCAAGAGUCCGAUGGUAAACCACAAGAUGAUGACGAGCUUUCGAGGAGCGUUCCACAUUGGAGGAGCCAACUAACAGUGAGAGGAUUGGUUGCAAGUUUCAUUAUUGGGAUAAUUUACAGUGUGAUAGUACACAAGCUCAGUCUCACAACAGGACUUAUUCCUAAUCUUAAUGUUUCGGCUGCUCUUGUAGCAUAUGUUUUCAUUAAGGGGUGGACUAAAUUGCUUGGUAAAUUUGGUUUUGAUUCUACUCCAUUUACUAAGCAAGAGAAUACAGUAGUUCAAACUUGCGCGGUUGCUUGUUAUAGUGUUGCUAUUGCAGGUGGAUUUGGAUCGUUUUUAUUGGGGUUGAAUAAGAAAACAUACGAGCUAGCAGGGGUUGAUACUCCAGGAAACAGUCCAGGGAGUUACAAGGAUCCAGGAAUUGGAUGGAUGACUGUUUUUCUUUUUACUACAGGAUUUGUUGGCCUUUUAUCUUUGGUUCCCCUUAGAAAGAUUCUGAUAAUCGACUACAGGUUAGCUUAUCCAAGUGGGAUUGCAACGGCAGUUCUCAUAAAUGGGUUCCAUACACCUAAAGCAGAUAAGACGUCUAAGGAGCAAAUUCGAGGAUUUGCAAAGUUCUUUUCGUUCAGUUUCGUGUGGGGUUUCUUCCAAUGGUUCUACGCUGGUGGAGACCUGUGUGGAUUCGUGCAAUUUCCAACUUUUGGGUUACAAGCAUGGAAGGAAUCAUUUUUCUUCGAUUUCAGCAUGACUUAUGUUGGAGCAGGGAUGAUUUGCUCACAUCUUGUGAACUUGUCUACUCUUCUUGGAGCCGUUCUUUCUUGGGGAGUUAUGUGGCCACUUAUACGCGGCCUAAAAGGAGAAUGGUAUCCGGCAACUAUAUCAGAAGGCAGCAUGAGGAGUUUGAAUGGUUAUAAGGUUUUUGUCUCCAUUGCGCUCAUUCUUGGAGAUGGGCUGUAUAAUUUUCUCAAAGUUGUAUAUCUUACCAGCAAGAGUAUUAAAGGCACAAUUAAAAUCGCCAAUGAAGUUACUGAUCCGUCAGCUCAAUCUCUCGAGGAACUUAAGCGAGAUGAGAUCUUCAUGAAGGACAGUAUUCCCAUAUGGGUUGCAUGUGUUGGAUACGUUCUUCUCUCCAUUGUUUCCAUCAUUGCAAUCCCACUCAUGUUCCCACUGAAAUGGUAUCACGUGGUGGUAUGCUACAUCCUUGCUCCAUUUCUAGGAUUUUGUAACGCAUAUGGAGCAGGUCUAACCGACAUGAACAUGGCAUAUAACUAUGGGAAAGUGGCUUUGUUUAUUCUAGCAGCAAUAUCGGGGAAAGAAAAUGGUGUAGUUGCAGGGCUUGUAGGUUGUGGCCUUAUAAAAGCAAUUGUUUCCAUCUCCUCUGAUCUUAUGCACGAUUUUAAAUCUGGUCACCUCACACUUACUUCCCCUCGUUCAAUGGUUAUAAGCCAGGCUGCCGGAACAGUAAUGGGUUGUAUUGUAGCUCCUCUAUCAUUCUUUCUUUACUGGAAAGCCUUUGACAUAGGAAACCCUACUGGAGAAUAUAAAGCUCCAUAUGCUUUAAUUUAUAGAAAUAUGGCAAUUCUCGGAGUGCAAGGUUUCUCUGCAUUGCCUAACCAUUGUUUGCAGCUCUGUUACGGGUUUUUCGCGUUUGCAUUUCUAGCCAACUUGUUCAGAGAUCUUGCUCCACCGAAGAUCAGGAAGUGGGUUCCCCUACCUAUGGCUAUGGCGGUUCCAUUUCUUGUCGGUGCAAGUUUUGCAAUUGAUAUGUCUAUUGGGAGCUUGAUUGUGUACAUAUAUGAAAAACUUGAGAAAAAGAAGGCCAAGUUAAUGAUUCCUGUUAUUGCUUCCGGUUUAAUGUGUGGAGAAGGAUUAUGGAUGCUCCCUUCAGCAAUUCUUGGUCUGGCUCAGGUAAAGCCUCCCAUAUGCAUGAAAUUUGUGUCCGCCGCUGCGCAGAAAUCAUAUUAGUCUGCUUUAUCUUGUAUAUGGAAUUUAAGUGCAAGCGAUGGAGGUGUUGAAACUAAGUCUUAGGUUCAGAAGAUUUCAACUUGGAAAGUAAUACAAGUUGAUACUAUGAACUGGCCACUUAAGUUUACUUAUUCAAGAUAGUAUUGGAGAUUCUUGCUUUGAAUACCCUUGACAAAAGGUAAUUGGUUGUUUUUCAAGAUUAAUGUUAACUGUUGAAUAAGGUUACUAAUGGAGCUAGCUAAUUGGAUAUGAAGAUGAAGAUGAUGAACAAAUUGUGUUGAAUAUGUAGAGUAGUACUUGACAAGGGAUUGAGUCUUGCAUGGUCAGUUGCUGCUUAUCAAAGGUUCUUGUUGUAAGAUUGCAUAUGCGAUGGUAUGUAAUAUUGUUUGUGACAUUAAUUGGUGUGCGAGUGGUGUGAGUGUUUGGAUUGGCUGUGAAACGUUGUUGUGUGUGCGUCAGGGUCGAGUUCUUUGGUCCGACGAAGAAGGAAGAAAAGAAACUCUUUGUUAUCGUUUAUACAAUACGGAGGGAUAUUUUGUACUAUUGUUUUAAGUGAUGUCAUCAAUCAUUAAUAUUAUUC